AAAUAAUGACCUUUAUGUGACAUGUUCUUGUAUAUUUCUUUAUAUUAAAUUAUUGUAUAACAAUGUCUCUUUUGUAAUAGACUUAUGCAAUGUGUCAUCCGGGCUUUACUUAUGUAACUUGAUUUACCCCUUUCCGUAUUGUUUUCAACCAAUCAGCAAAGCGCUUUGCUAUCACGUGUCCAUUGUUUAUCUUUUUGCCAGAAGAGAAAGUCACGUCAUUUGUACUGCUCAAUUUUUCGUAUUAUUCGCUUUAAUUCCCCGGAAAACCCUGAUAGUUUUGGAUCUAGCCAUACUACUGAAGAUUUGGGGUUAUGUGAUGCACGUAUUUGUUUCACAGAUACUAUAGAUUUCCUGCAAAAAGAUCUACAAUGCCACCGAAACGGAAGCAAACUCCAGCCAAAAACCCAACAAAGAGGCAAAAAAUGGCCACCAAGCAACCUGAAGUGACACCACAGCCUACUACAGCCAUUGAGCACCCUGAAGUGAUCCCGGGGCCUGCCUAUGGACAAAUUGAUUAUAACAAACUAGCUGAAGCCAUGUUAGCCAUAUCUAAGCAACAACCUGAAAACGCCCCCUCGCAAAACACAUCAGAUGACGGACAGAUGCCUGUGACCUUGGAAUCUCCUUCCACAUCUCAAAGUGCUGAGCCAGCAACGACUUCCACAUUGGGAACUCUUUUGGAUCAAAUUUUCCUUGGGGACCGCUCUACACACAAGGACUUAAGCCCACUGAGUAAGACAAUUUCUUUAACAGAUGGGAUUCCUCUCAGUUCCACGGUUUCACAAAAAACCAAAACUAAGAUUUGGAAUAAUGAAUUUGUUGACUUAAGAUCUUUGUUAAGUGUACGAGAUGAACCACUUUCAGUGUCAAUUUCAUCAGGCAUUAUAAAUGUACAGCAGAGUCCAAAAUUUAAAUUCCCGAUCAGUAUUUCUCAAUGGACAGAUGCAUUUUUGAUAUUCGCAUCUAUCUACAUUGAGAAAUUUCCCCAGGAGGCACCCCAUUUGUUCAAAUAUUGCCACAUGGUCAGAGAGAUCCAACAGUUACAUGGGGAUAAUGCCUUCAGGGCUUAUGAUGAACAUUUUCGUAAACUACGAGAAUCUGUUGUUGCACCUUGGCAAAUUCCGGUGCAAGAACUAAGAUUGAAAGUUAUAACAUUGCCCAAACCUGGUUAUCAAAAUAAGACCGCGUUAAAUCAGCCCUUUCGAGUCAAAUACUGUUACCAGUUUAACAAAGGGGAACGUUGCACAAGGUCCCCAUGUCAAUUCAGGCACAGCUGCAUGCAAUGCAAGGGCAAUCAUCCCAAAGUCAAAUGUUCCUACUCCUUUAAAUCAAACUCAAAUUCAAAAUAUACCAACCCCAAUCAAGAUAAAUAA